AUGCUGUAUCAAAGCUGAAGUUCUUCGAUAGUGCCAUAGAGCCGAAAGCAUACCAGCUCGUCGGAAAAAGGGGCAGUUGUUGCCUGUUCAGACAGGCACGAAUUACAGCUCCCAAAAGCAUUUCAAGAGCAUUGCCGUUCCUCGAUAGCAUGACGUUGACAGAUGCGAGCGUGGAUCAUAGUUAUAUCAAAAGCAUUACCACUGCUGCCUUGUUGUGGCGGACGGUUCAAUAAGAUAGGGUGGUUGCGCGUCUUGGCGUUUGGCGCACCUUUCAUCACGCUUCCUACACUCUUCUCACUGACGCGCAUUGUGUUUUGUUUCAUCCGAACAUUUCGCGCUUGUACUCUAGCGAAACGUUUGUGUUCGAAACAGCAUCGCCCUGGCGGCGCUCUGCUCCCCUCGAUGCCUGGCCGAGACUCUACGGAAACGCCGCGACUUCGACGGAACGUACCUGAAGCCGAACAGACGAGACAAGGCCAUCAAGUCAAGGACGUGCACAUGGAGAAGACGAAGGGCAAGCCAGCCAUGGGUCAGUGGGUUGAGCCUCCCGUCGCGACGCGGCCAUCGUACCAGGACCACAACGGCGCGCCUUAUGGCGUUGUGGAGCACAUGCAACCCUUGGGCGAGGUACCGUCUGCGAAGGUGAAGGGUAGGGUCAGGUCUGAGGCACCACGGAAGUCGGUCAUGGGGCGAAGCUCUGCCGCAGUGAGUGCAGACGGUCAGGCCACGCCGGAAGGCACUCCGGUACCACAGACCGCAACGACCGUUCCACCGGACGUACCAGCGGUGCCAGCGGUCGUUAUAGACGAUGUGAGAGAUGCAGAGUACGCGCCUAUGGCUAAGAAGAAGGAGACUUCGACAGCCACGCCACCCACGCAACGACGUAAGCGGAGGAAGGAGAUCACUCCCGCCAACAUCCGUGUUGGAGACAAACUUCCAAGUGGCGCGACGCGAAAGUACGAUGCAGCAAAGUUGAAGUCUGUGGUAGACUCUGCCAUUGCUCGCGCUGUGGAGGCAAACAAGCCUGACUUAGCUGCGGCCGUGCAGAGAAUUUGGGAGACCAAUGAGUUCCAAGAGUACGUGAAACAGGCCAAGGAUCAGCUCAGAAUAGAGAAGAAUCAGAAGCGCAAAGAGGAAAAGCAGGCUCGGAAGCAGCCGGCUGCUGGAGGCGCAAACGGCGCGCAAGCAGCGCCCCUGCGUUCACCACCAAAGCUCACAUCGCCCAAAGUCACAUCCACGCCAGCUACAAUGCAAGCUACUGACGCACCUUCGACUGCCAUUCCAUCUACUGAACAACCACCUGAAGCAUCCAAAUCAAAGCUGUCCCUGAAGUUGAAAGGUCCGGCAAAAGACUCCAAAGACCGUCGACGAUCUGUCACAAUGGACCACUCGCCGACACAUGGUCGUACUCGACCCAAGAGCGAAGAAUCUGAGCUCACCGACCUGACAUCCGAACCCGAGCCUGACCACCCUGCCGCCGAAGCAUCAAAGGGCCGCUCGUCACGCUCAAACGGCAUCCCAAGCAAAAACCACGCUGCCGAACGAGGCACGCUAGCUGCACCAGACCGCAAACAACUCAAGCGCUCAUCUGCCGAAGCGGACAUAAAUGAUGAAGAACGUGAGCGGACAAUCGCCGCAAAGAAGCAGAAGCUGAACCAAUCCAUCACUCGCGACGUACCCUAUGAGGAAAGCGACGUGCGGCAAGCAUCGAAGCCACAGCAGAGUCAAACUCGUGCCACGCGUGCAAAUGGCGGCUCGUUGGUGCCACCGUCUGUCUCUCGCCCGCCGAACGGCAGCCCGGCUCGCAGCCUCAGAGGCAGUCGACAACCAUCCGCAGAACCAGACUCGCCGCUGUCGGAUCUCUCACCGCCGUCAUCAAGACUGAGCACGCCGCCAGUCUUGAAAGUGCCACCGAAACCGCCUGGGAAGAGGGCCAAGACAAAGACAUCACCCGAGAAGAAGCAGUCGACAGGCUAUGGUGGGUUGUCAGGCGCAGGUGGCGCAGGAAGGGAAAGCCCAAUCGGGGACGAUGACAAUGAAGAGCAAUCCGAAAACAACGACUUUUGCGCUGCUUGUGGCGGCAGCGGCUACUUACUCUGCUGCGAUGGCUGCGACCGUUCUUUCCACUUCACCUGCUUGGAUCCGCCGCUCAACGAGGAUGCGAGUGAAUUAAACGAGCCGUGGUACUGCUUCGUUUGUGUGGCGAGGCGACCGGUCACUUCCGACACGAACGAGAAGCCCCAGCGGGGGCUGUUUGCGCCACUCCUCAGCGUUCUGAAGAAGCGCAACCCAUCCAAUUUUUCAUUACCGGAGUCCAUUAGGAACUACUACGAUGCUGUACAGACUGGCAGGAACGGCGACUUUGUCGAGGCGGUCCACGCGAAGACGAGAAACCGCGCUGGCUACGAUGAACUGCCAGAUUACUACAAGCUGAAGGAUGGCAAAGGGAACACCGUGAUCUGCUACAGCUGCGGAAAGACGUCGAUGUCGCAAGGCCAACCGCCGCGGCAAAUUAUUUCAUGCGACUACUGCGUCAACAACUGGCACCUCGACUGUCUUGACCCGCCGCUUGCCAAUCCCCCAGCACGAAGCUGGGAUGGCAAGAAGUUGCAUGACUGGAUGUGCCCAUUGCACGCCGACCACGAGCUGCGCAACGUGCCGACUUCAUUGCUUGCACCACGCCGGAGAGUGCACGUACGACGGCCGAGGAACGCCAAAGUGGUCGACACUUCGCUCAAGCGCGGCUUCAACAAUCAUGGCGUUGUCGAUGUUGCCGAGGACGAGACUGACGACACUGAUUCCGAGUUCUACGAUGAGGAUGCGCAAGAAGAAGGCGUCGUUUACCGCAUGCCCGCCACCGGCAUCAAGCUCGACUUCAUUGACAAAGUCAAGAACAACCGCAUCGAAGAGCUCGAAGAAGCGUUACGCAUCGAACGGGAAUACAAGCGCGCCCGUCUCACCGACGCUCCAAGCGCCCUCCACCAAGCCAACUUCCUCCGCCGUUCCUUCGCCGAGAAGCAAACCGCGCUCACCCUCGCGCAGUUCGCAAGCGCAAACAAUGACCUCGAGCUGGGCAAUGACCAAGUUGAGAAUCUAGUCGUGGCGCUGAUCGCAGAAGCGCCCACGGAAGUCGUCGACGAGUACCGCGCGGCUGAAGAUGCUGUCGCGGCUAAGGCCAAACAGUCUUCUGCUAUACCACCUUCGCCCCCAAAUUCUGACCAAACUGAUCAGCUGUCUGCGGAGCAGCGGAAGGAGUUGUUGAUGCUGCAGGAGCUGAUCCGACGCAAACUCGAGAGCAGUAAGGCGUGAGAAGAUCAUCGCAGAGUACGAGUACAUCCACUCGACGCUCGAGACGUCGGUAAGAUGAGGCUUCCGUCGCUUCGUGGCCGUUUCAGAAGCGAAGCCGAGCGGGUUUCGCACAGCCAAGAAGAUACCAAGGCAUUGAAAGGGGCCACGCUGCCCACGCACGCAGACGCGCUAGGCUGUUUCGGAGCAAGGCUCCACAUUGCGCAUGCCACUUAUACGGCUGGCUGAUGAGCUGAGCGCUGAAGGACUCAUCAGCACCCGCUAACUUAUUAUUGUUGGCGGCGUCUUGUUAGUUGGCAAGUUGGCCUGCAGCCUCCAGGUCGCUUGAGUAGCGCCGUUCACAACCCAGCAUAGUGGCAGUUUCCGCGCAAUACAGCGCCCAUGCCCAUUGUUCCGAUACAGAGCUAGUGUAAUAGUAACGGCAGCUUAAGC